GCUGCGCUACGCAGUUGCCGAGCCGGGCGCCGAGGGCUGAACAGACCCAGCUCUCUCAGCCUCUCCUCGUGUGUCAGAUGCUCCAGUCCCUUGGUCGUUUUAAUGGCCCUUUGCUGGACUCACUCCAGGAUGUCCACAUCUGUUUUGUACUGGGGAGCCCAGCACUGGACCCAGCACUCCAGAUGUUUCACCAGUGCUGAGUGGAGGGGAAGGAUCACCUCCGUUGAUCUACUGGCAAUGCGCGUCCUAACGCAGCCUGGGAUGCUGUUGGCCUUCCUUGCUGCGAGGGCACAUUGCUGGGUCACGAAGAUAGAUGCAAUUUGGCACAGCUACAGCCCAGGAAGGUAGACCAAGGUUUGGAAGAACAUCAUUCUAAGAUACAGAGAAAUCUGGACUUUUUAAGUGUACUACCUAAAGAAAUAUAAGGAAUUGAAACUUAUAGCUUCCUUGCAGUUAAUUUUAUGGUAUUUGUACCUCUUAUUUUUUCUGUAGUUUUAGAUCAAGAAACACCAUGAGUACAACUCAAAGAAAGCGCCGUGGAGGAGCAGUUAAUUCUAGGCAAACUCAGAAGCGAAACAGGCUGAUAGCUUCUACCACAGAAAUGGCUUCAGAAGCAGAGCCAAUAGAACUUGAAGAAAGUGCUGGUGAAGAAGUAGUAGAUCUCACAUGUGAAUCUUCUGAUCCUGUAGUAGUUGAUCUAACUCACAGUGAUUCUGUUGUGAUUGUUGAAGAGAAUCAACGACAAAGGAGAAAUCUCAGACUAAGAAGCCAGCGGCAGUCUGACAGCUGUGUACUGAGCAGUGAUGAUGAAGAUGAACCAAGAGAUAAUGAUGUGUAUGUAACAAAUAAAGUGUCUCGAGAAUUAGGACCACUGGAGGAUGAAACUGCAAGUUCAAAGCCUUCUGGUACCGUUAGUUGUCCGAUUUGUAUGGAUGGCUACUCAGAGAUUGUGCAAAGUGGGCGACUUAUUGUGUCAACGAAAUGCGGCCAUGUCUUCUGUAGUCAGUGCCUCCGUGAUUCCCUUAGGAAUGCCAACUCCUGCCCAACCUGUAGGAAAAAACUCACUCACAGACAAUAUCAUCCAAUUUAUAUAUGAGUACUUAUAUUUCUCAGGACAGACUCAACUGGAUUUUUGGGGAAUAUGUCAUGUUUUCAGUGCUCUGAAGAUUUAAGGAGCAGCAGGUUGUACACGCAUCCAAAUGUAAUAAAACUGAUUUUUUUUGAGAAUAACUUGUAUAUAUAUAAACAGCUUUUUUUAUGGUCCAAGCUGCUUCUUGUUAUGUCACUGGUUAUAAUGUUAAAUUUAUGACUGUCUAUAAACUAGACCAGCAGCCUAUAUCAGAAAUGAAGCAGCUAAUCCAUUUCCUUCUACUUUUUUAAUGCUUGAAUAAGAGGGGUCUGAAUAAUUUGUUAUUUCUUACGCUUUAAAUUACUCCCACCAUCACAUACAGAUAUGGAAUAUUUACCUUUCAAAAUACAGAUGAACACUUUGCCAUUUCAUUACACUUCCAUUUUUAUCCUAUGCUACGCUCAUUACUAUAUUGCUUUCUGCUAAACCAUCUUUGCCCAAAUAGUAUAAGUUCUGUAACAAUUGAACAUUUAAUCAUAAAUCAAUAUUAAAUUGACAACCAGGGUAAUGCAAUAAAAUAACCUGCUGUUAACCAGCAAUCAGGUUUUUUAAGCAGAAGGCUUGAACAUGUAGAUGUCUAUGAACUCCGUGAGAUCUAAAGUACAUAGCCAAAUUACAACAUGUACAAUGUGAGAAUAUUUCUUUGAAUGUUUUAACUGCCAAGAAUCCCUUAUUUGAAUCACAAUACUGAGUUUAUUUUCUAACAUGAUGAAAUGUUCUCUUGGGUUUACUAUUGUUCUGUAGCUCUCUCUCCUUAUAACUAAGGAGAAAAUAGUCUUCUCUAGGCUUGCUAGUGAUGAAUAAGCAAAUUGUAUGCUUUGCUUUUGUCAGCUGAAUACCAAACUACGUAGACAGAUUUUUUUUUAACUAUAUCAAGUGUACCCAGCGUAAUGCUUAAAGUUCAGUAUGUUCACUUCACUGUUCUCUUCAGUUGCUAUACUGACACCUGACUGGUUUUAGCCUGGUGUAUAGGAUUAAUAAUUAAAUAAUUGUAUUACUAUAAAUUUAUAAAACUGAGGCUUUAAAUGAGAUUUGAUAGUAAUGUUGACGUAGAAGCUUUUUGAAAGAAAAGUUUAAUCUCCCUUUGCCCUGGGAGUUAAAGUGUGCAUCUUUAAUUAAAAAAAGUCAGAUACAUAUCCUAGGUGAGGAUUUUGCUGCUAAAACAAGGCAGGGUUAUGCACCAUUACCAGUUGUUAUUUUUUUUUCCCAGGGCAAGUUAUAAAUGUCUGCUUUAAACCUGUUACAGCACAAAUCUCCAAGCUGAUGGGGAGUCCCAGAUGGGCUGAUACAAACAGGAUUAUAAUAAUUAAAUGUAGGUGAGAUGAUUAAAAUCAGUAUUUUAUGAUCCACAUAUGCAGUAGCAGCGUUUGUGAAUGUUGAAAUUCAGUCUGGGAAACAGUCCAAAAUUGAACUGUCAGCCACUUCUGAAAGUUGGUUGAUUAUGAAAGCCAUUAGAAGCCUUUUCUUGCUCUGGUACAACACAAUUGUAGGAUGCCUUUGGUUAACAUUGCUGGUAUCUGAUGCAUCUUUGCUAACCUGUCCUAGGGAUCUGUAGGAAGCCUUUAAUUAAAGCCUCCUCAUUAGCUCUCUCAACUUCUUGAUUGAAGAUUGCAACCCAAGAGUAAAAUUUCCUAUUAGUAUCCAUAGGGGUGUUACUGGAUGUAGUAAUACAUAAAGAGCUUUGUUCCAUAAAGGCCAGCCGAAGAAAUGCAAUACCUUCUCCACCCUGGUUCUGGAUAGCUUGGAUUUAGUAGUGUUAUCGGGAAAAUGCAAGCUCUGCAUUCUGGCAAUACUGUAACUAUUAAACAGAUAUAAAUGUUUAGUAACUGUGUGCUUCCCUUUGGUAAUAUAAACUACAGGCAAAAUGAACAGAGCAAUCUUAAGAUAGUACAGUGACAACACAGGCUGUGAUUUGUAUCCCAAAAAGCAAAUAAAAUGAUAAAACAUGGUGCUAAAGAUUUCUUAAAACAUCAACUGCAUGAAGAGAAGCAGCCAAACAUCAAACUGUCUAGAUACUUAAGGACCACAGAAACACACUUUCUCCCACCAGCUUAAAAAAGGAAAAAAGCCCCCAAACUUAUGGCCAGUUUUACUGAGGAGGCUACUGAAUGAUAGGGAAGACGAGAUUUAAGGGAUUACGUCUAGAGAUGAGGUUGGGUAACAUGUUUGUACAUCUUUCACAGUGUACUAGCUGUAGCCUGAAAUGACUUUGCACAGUUCCCUCCAUGUAAAUAUCACUUUAUAGUUUGUGUCUCAAUAAAUGUUUUAGAUAUCACAAACUAUAAAAUAUUCAAGGAAAAAAAAACUUUUAGCUUUGUGUACCCUGUGAAGUGCCACAAAUUUUGUGCAUCUCAAAACAAAUUUUAAGCUCUCAGUACCACAAGGAAAAAUGCUAAUGUUACAUUAUACUUUUUUAGAAAAAAACAAAAACAAUAUAUUUGAGUUCCAGUGAUGUUUCAGUAUAACAGAUGACAUUGGCAAGAACUGAUAGAUAAUAUAAAAUUUUUUCAUAAUGUAAAUGUAUGUCUUGUUGUAUAUAGUUCAAUUUUUCCUGUAUUUAAUUGUAUUCAUGUCUGUAUGUCACAUCUAUGUUGGACUCUACCGGUAGGCAAACAGUUCUUUUAACAGGUGGAAAUAAAACUAUUAAUUUGAUGAA